AUGCAGCUGACACCCUGCAGGCUCCGGACUCACCAGUGGUGCUUCAUCCUAUUUAAUGUCUUGCUUUUCCACGUGCUGCUCUUUGGAGCAGAUUUACUGGAGGAAUACUUCCUGCGGUCAUUACCUCUUUCUUACACUGACGCAAAGACUCUCGAAAUCAGGGAGAGGGCCAGGAAGCUAGAUACGGAUCCGCUAAAGGCCAAUCUCUCUUACACCGUCAGCAGUGCAGCAACAUGCUCCGAUCAAGAGAUAUUUUUGCUCAUUCUUGUCUGCAGUAGCCCAGAAAACAGGACAAGGCGCAACGUGAUCAGGCAGACAUGGGGCAACGUGACAGACGCCAGAGGUUAUGCUGUCCUUACUCUGUUUGCUUUAGGAAAGCCGGCUUCAGUAAGCACCCAGCUGGAGAUCAAUGAAGAGUCUCAAAAGCACAGAGACAUUAUUGAAGGCAGUUUCAUUGAUUCUCCUGAGACGGAGACACAGAAGAUGUUGAUGAGCGUGGAGUGGACAGUGACUGUCUGUCCCCAUGCAAGGUAUAUUCUUAAAACUGAUGAAGACAUGUUUGUCAGUAUUCCAAGUCUGGCUGGAUACUUGCUUAGCUUAACACAGCUAGAGGACACUUACAUCGGGAGGGUCAUUCAUCAAGGAGUACCCAACAGAGACCCCAAAAACCCUGGCUUUGUUCCCAUCCAUCAAUACUCGGAAGAGUUUUACCCAGAUUACUGCGAUGGCAGCGCCUUCGUCAUGUCCCAGGACGUCGCUCGCAAGGUGUACGUGGCUGCCAAGGAGGUGCCAGUUUCAGUGCCCCCUGAUAUCUUUGUCGGAAUCUGUGCUAAAAAAGCUGGCAUCACUCCCAUUCACAGCUCUCGAUUUUCUGGGGAGAAGCACAUCAGCUACAAUCGAUGCUGCUAUAAAUUCAUUUUCACCUCUUCCAACAUGAAAGAGGAUGAGUUAUUUAAAGACUGGAAGGAAACAAGCGAUGGGAAAGAUUGCUCAUUACUGGAAACUUACUACGGUCUGGUGUCCUGCAAGGUUUUGACCUACAUUGAUAAGUUCAAACAGUUUAACUUAGAUAGAAUUAAAAAUGAGGUUCUUCAAUUUGCUGAUUAA